UGAUAGAUAGGCCAUCUGUAAGAGCUGAAAGGGACAAGAAGCCCAGACGAUGAUGAGCUGAGACAGAUAGAUAGAUAUAUAGAUAUAAUUCAUUCCUCAAUUAUAAACCUAGCUACUAUAUAUUAUCAUCCUCUUUUUGGUGAGGAAGUGGAGAUAAUAAUAGUAAUUAAUUAGCAUGGAUAUUGGCAGAGGCUAAAGUGGCCUCACCCUUGUUCUGGGAACCUUCUGAGGCAGUACUGUGCGUUGGCAGGACAAAUUAUUGAGCGAUAAGAAGGCGCAAAACCAAGCCAAUUUUCAUGUGAUUCGUCGCAGACCUCUUCUUCCUCUUUGAUUCCUAGCUGCUGUGGAUGGCCGAGAAUUGUAGGAGAAGCUGAUUAGGGUCUCUGUGUUCUGAUCGAUGGAGUUCACACACGGAAGGAGAUCUAAAGAGAGGUUUUUCAUGAGUAGUAGUGGUAGUAGUCAUCAGGAAGAGCAGCAAGUGCAGGUAGGCGGCGGCGCGCCUUUUUUGAUGGUUUCGUCUCCCUUGUCGUCCUCGAAUUUGCGGGGAGGGAAUUGGAUGGUGCCGGAGAGGGAGCAGAUGUUCGAGAAGGUGGUGACGCCGAGCGACGUGGGGAAGCUGAACCGGCUGGUGAUCCCCAAGCAGCACGCGGAGCGGUACUUCCCGAUGGACGCGGCGGCGGACGGCGGGAAGGGGCUGCUGCUGAGCUUCGAGGACCGGACGGGGAAGGCGUGGCGGUUCCGCUACUCCUACUGGAACAGCAGCCAGAGCUACGUGAUGACCAAGGGCUGGAGCCGCUUCGUCAAGGAGAAGCGCCUCGACGCCGGCGACACCGUCUGCUUCAGCCGCGGCGGGGACCGCCUCUUUAUCGACUGGAAGAAGCGCCGCGUCCGCGAUCCUUUCACGGCGGCGGCCGCCAGGGGGGUUCCUUUCACCGGAUUCUCUUUCGGCCCGCCACCCAUGGUCGGCCCAUGGGGAACUUCUUCUCCCACCUUCUUUGCGCCUUCCACCGCCACUCCUGCCCACGGCUCGCAGAUUGUCUUCUUCCGGGCGCCACCACCAGUCGAGGGGCGGCCCGCCGACGUGUCGGUGGUUCUAGAGUCGACGCCAUCGGCCGGUAGCCGCCAGGCGGCGGCCAAGGGCCUGAGGUUGUUCGGGGUGAACCUCUUCUGCUCCGGAUCAGAAGGGGGCGGCGAGACACAAGCUUCUUCGUCGCCGGCGUCGGUGUCCAAGGAGCGUAAACAUUCCUCGUCCUUAAAUCUUGACCUAUGAUUCCAAUUUUGAGCUUCUUGAUUACUUCAAUUAUAAAAGAAGGAUGCCUCGACCUCGGAUCUCUCCUUCUCCUCCUCCUCCAAGUUGUAAAUAUCCAGGAAGACAGAUACAAAUUUGCUUUUGUAAUGCUUGCAAAGGGAUUGAAGUUCAUCAAUUGCUCAUGAUCUUUAAUUCAUUUCCAACGCCAUGCUUUCCAUUUUAAGCUUCUCUCUCACAGAUGAUUCCAAAGAAGUGGACUGGAUAUCAUUCCUUAAAAACGAGGACAUAGGGACAGUUCUGCAGCAAGAAAAGAUUUUCUAGGUUGUUUGGUGUGACUAAUUAGUUUUCCAUGUGCUUUACUAUUCCUUCAGAUAAACAACAAAAGUAUCUAUUCAGAUUCAGUUUGAGUCAUGCUUGGAUUGGUAAAAGAAAGCAUUAAUUCCUGCAAUGCCAAUUGAUGUAUAUGAAAAGUCAAAUUUCAUUAUGUUUGAGUUAUCAAAUAAUGGGCACUAUGUUAUUCCCAGGUUAAUGUGUAUAGAUUUAGAGAUGUAUACCGGUCCAGUAUUUCCUGUUCUCGUGAUACUUUUCUCUUUUCUUGCCCUACAUUUUAACUAUCUGACAAUGCUAAAAACUAAAGCUUUUGUUUUCAUCAUCUUUUGUUGAAGACACAGCUAUUUAAUAUAUAUAAUUGUAUUUA